AUGGCAGCUGUGACAGGUUCUGCUGCCGUGAAAUCUGCCAAGUCCGGCAAAAAGUAUCGCACCGUGAAGCGACACACUGGAAUCUACACCUACCAGGAGCCACCCCACAGCAACUCGGAUGAUGAUAUCAGUGAAGAAAAGUCUGAGAGCCACGACCCAGAGCAGAUCUUUCAGAACAUCCAGUACCAGAAGGAGAUUAUGUCCAAUAUCCGCUGCCGACCAUGGCCAAUGAGGCAGAAGCUAAGGGCACUCAGGCAGGCGAAGGAGAUCGUGCUGAAGUACGAGGGGAGGCUCACCAGAACGAGAGGUUACCAAGCUGCUGGUGCAGAGCUUUGGAGGAAGUUUAUUCGACUUGCUUAUAAUUUUGUGGUAAUCUUUAUUCCUUGGGAAAUGAGAAUAAAGAAAAUUGAGAGUCAUUUUGGGUCUGGAGUUGCCUCCUACUUCAUCUUCUUGAGAUGGCUGUUUGGAAUCAAUAUUGUACUUACCAUAAUGACAGGAGCAUUUGUAGUCUUACCAGAGAUACUGGCUGGAGCACCAUUCGGCAGCACGGUCAGCAAGACCAUUCCCAAGGAGCGCAUUGCAUCUGCUCAAGACCUGGACACCAUCUGGUCACUAGGGGGCUACCUCCAGUACUCUGUUUUGUUUUAUGGCUACUAUGGCAGCGACAGGAAGAUUGGGAAAGCAGGAUACAGGCUGCCUCUUGCCUACUUCCUGGUUGGAAUGGCAGUGUUUGCUUACAGCUUCAUCAUUCUUCUAAAAAAAAUGGCAAAGAACUCAAGAAUGAGUUUAGCAAGUGCCUCUGAUGAAAAUUACACUUUCUGUUGGAGACUGUUCUGUGCUUGGGACUAUUUGAUAGGAAACCCUGAGGCUGCAGAGAGCAAAACUGCUGCCAUAGUUAACAGCAUUAGGGAAGCUAUAUUGGAAGAGCAGGAAAAGAAGAAAAGCAAAAACUUGGCAGUGACUAUAAGCUUAAGAAUUAUUGCAAACAUCCUUGUGCUUCUCUCACUUGCUGGAAGUAUUUAUAUCAUCUACUUUGUUGUGGAUCGGUCCCAAAGGUUAGAGCGCACCAAAAAGGAAUUGACCCUUUGGGAAAAAAAUGAGGUAAGCGUAGUUGUGUCACUGAUCACAAUGAUUGCACCCUCUGCUUUUGAGUUGGUGGCAGCUCUGGAGAUGUAUCAUCCAAGGACCACUCUUCGCUUCCAGCUUGCCAGGGUUCUUGUUCUAUACCUGGGAAACCUCUACAGUUUAAUCAUUGCUCUCCUGGAUAAAGUGGACAGUAUGAGUGGCACUAAUUCCAUUCAUUGUGAUAUAUAUGAAGUCAGAAGUAAUUCUACCACCUCCUUAGCGACCAAAACUCUUUCUAAGAACGACGAUUUUACUAUUCCUGAUGUACAAAUUAAGAGAAACAGCAUUGUCACCUUGGAAGAACAUCGCAUUCAAGGCUUGAUGGUCUCUGACUCACUGGUUAACAAAACAAUUGCCUUUAACACUCAGAACCAACAAGAUCAGUGCUGGGAGACCUAUGUUGGUCAGGAAAUGCUCAAACUUUCCAUUAUCGACAUGAUUUUCACAGUUGCAAGCAUCCUGCUAAUUGAUUUUUUCCGUGGCCUGUGCGUUCGAUAUUUAAGUGAUUGCUGGUGCUGGGAUCUAGAAAGCAAAUUUCCAGAAUAUGGAGAAUUCAAAAUUGCAGAGAAUGUAUUGCAUUUGGUCUACAACCAAGGAAUGAUCUGGAUGGGAGCUUUCUUUUCACCUUGCUUACCAGCAUUCAAUGUCCUCAAGUUGAUUGGACUCAUGUACCUGAGGAGUUGGGCUGUGCUAACAUGCAAUGUACCACAUCAGCAGGUUUUCAGAGCAUCUCGAUCCAAUAAUUUCUAUUUGGCUAUGUUGCUGUUUAUGUUGUUCUUGUGCAUGUUACCAACAAUUUUUGCUAUUGCCCGAUAUAAGCCAUCUUUGAACUGUGGUCCCUUCAGUGGUCAAGAAAAAAUAUACGACAUUGUUUCUGAAACAAUUAAAAAUGAUUUUCCUGCAUGGUUCAACACAGUGAUUACUUAUGUCAGCAGUCCUGUGGUUGUCCUCCCUGCACUACUACUCUUAUUCAUGCUAAUCUACUACCUACAAAGCAUUGCAAGAUCAUUAAAAUUCACCAACAAUCAACUGAGAAUGAAGAUCCAAGCAGAAAGAACUGAAGAUAAGAAAAAGGUGGUUCAGAUGGUAGUAGGUAAAGACCUGGAUAGCUCCUGUAAUCAUUUCUGUUUUCCAGCCAGAAUCCAAAAUCUGGAUGGUAAUGACAAGAGACCAGACCAUGAAGGUGAUAUUAUCAGCCAGGAGUCUUCUGUUCGGUCCUCAACUCCCCGAAGGAAUGGCAGUGUGUUGAACUUUGAAUCUCCCGUGAGCAAAGGCACCAGAAUACAAACCAUUUCCCAGUCUGUGCCCCAAACUGAUGUUGCAAGACCUGUCAACGCAACUCCUGUAACUUCAACCUCUUUAACGCCAGCUCCCUCCAUAUCAAGUGUACAGAAGCCAAGAAGUGAUCUUAUCACAAACAGAUACCCAAGUGUUGUGCACAGAAGUGCAAGCGAGCUCAGGAGAACAAAGCCCUACACACCAGUGACUUUCAAAAAGCGCACUGUAGAUGUUCAUUCUGAGCCUCUCUUCAGAAAAGCCACCCAGCAGGCAAGUCCAGAUGCCCUUGAGGCAGGGGCUCCUGUUUUUGUGGGACGUAGACCAUAUGCUACCAGGUAUUUUCUGGUUAAUGAAAAUGAGUCCCGCAAAAAAUCACACCGUUCUACCUCCCGACUCCAAAGGCAUUUCAGAAAGGAGGAAUCAGGAGACGUUAUUGAACUGUAUCCACGCAACGUCAGAAGAUACGUGGUCCGAACACCACACGAGAUCUAUUCCCCUCAUCCCAGUGAAGAUGAGGAUGAUGAAGAAGAACUUGGGAGAGAAUUCACAAACAGAUCCCAUCGCCCUCGCUCACUGUCUGAUCUUUGCCCAGCACCACGGUUUUACAUUGGGGAACGUGCUGAUGGCCACGUUCUUAUGAGCAAAGAUCUAGCCAGAGUGCAUUACAAAUCUUGGGAUGAUGGUUUUGAGCUAGACCUGGACAGGCCUCCAUAUGCUUACAAGAAAGUGCACUUAAACUAUCCUGAGCCACGUGUGAAACCAAAAUCAAAGCAAAAGCUGGAGCAAUCUCUAACAGAAUCUGAUUCCAUUUCCAUUGAAUCCAGCAGUGAUCCACAGAACAGCAGCAAUGACCAGUACAUCCAGGUCAUUCAUAGCAAGGACAAAUAUCCAAAACCUGGGACAAAGCUCACCAAAAAGAAAUCAAAACCCAGUGUUGAUCUAACUAUGUCUGAGCCUAAUGAACUGGUAUGCUCGAAUGUCUGA